CGGCUGGUUACGUGCUCUUGUGAAUCUGAGGCCAGCGGAGCCACAAUGCCAGGCGGGGGAGCCCCUUUCUCAGCAGCACAGCGACACAGCAUCACCGCCUCGCCUCUCUGAAACCAGGCAGACGGGAGAGAAUGCGAAGGGAUGUAAGAUGGCAGAGCUACAAAUGCUUUUAGAGGAGGAAAUCCCGGCCGGUAAAAGAGCGCUCGUGGAAAGCUACCAGAACCUGUCUCGUGUGGCGGAGUACUGUGAAAAUAAUUAUGUUCAGGCUCAAGACAAAAAGAAAGCUCUGGAGGAGACCAAAGCCUACACCACCCAGUCUUUGGCCAGUGUUGCCUACCAGAUCAAUGCCUUAGCAAACAAUGUGCUGCAGCUGCUGGACAUCCAGGCCUCUCAGCUGCGACGCAUGGAGUCCUCCAUCAACCACAUUUCUCAGACAGUGGACAUUCAUAAGGAGAAGGUGGCACGUCGAGAAAUUGGUAUUCUGACCACAAAUAAGAACACCUCUCGCACCCACAAGAUCAUCGCUCCGGCAAACAUGGAGCGGCCUGUGCGCUACAUCCGGAAACCCAUUGACUACACUCUGCUAGACGAUGUUGGACACGGCGUCAAAUGGCUUAAAGCCAAGCAACAUGGGAACAAUUCAGCUGGACGAGGAGGGACCAUUUCCAGGACCAACCCACCAUCACAGAAACCUCCAAGCCCUCCUAUGGCAGGUCGGGGUACUCUUGGCCGCAACACUCCCUACAAAACUCUGGAGCCUGUGAAGCCCCCAGUGGUGCCCAACGACUACAUGACGAGCCCGGCCAGACUGGGCAACCAGCACAGCCCUGCACGCACAGCUUCACUCAACCAGAGACCCCGCACACACAGUGGCAGCAGCGGGGGUAGCGGCGGCAGGGAGAACAGUGGAGGCAGUGGAGUUGGUGUCCCCCUUGCAGUCCCCACCCCUUCUCCUCCCAGUAUGGGCCAAGCAACAUCCUCAGCAUCCGUGCCACAGGGCCCUGGUUUGGGCCCCAUCCCGAUGUCUCAGUUUGGCACCAUCUCCCGCCAGAUUUCUCGUCACAACUCCUCCACCACCUCCUCUGCCUCCAUGGUGUCGGCCACUGGCACUUACCGCCGUGCGCCUUCCGUCUCCUCCCAGCAGCCCCACAUCAAUGGAGGCCCAACCUUCCCACAGAACUCAGUGUCUGUGGCUCCUCCGCCUCCUCCUCCUGUGGUCCAGCUGACCCCACAGAUCCCUCUGACUGGAUUCGUGGCCAGAAUGCAGGAGAGCAUAACAGACAGCCCUGCCCCUCCCCCUCCACCUCCCCCAGAAGAUAUGAGCGUAUUUGAGGAGCACACUCCCCCUCCACCUCCUCCACCUGUGGACUAUGAAGAAGAAGAAGCUGCUGUGGUUCACUACAAUGACCCCUAUGCCGAUGGAGACCCCCAAUGGGCCCCCAAGGCUUAUUUAGAAAAAGUUGUGGCUAUUUACGACUACACAAAGGAUAAAGAGGACGAGCUGUCCUUCAUGGAGGGAGCCAUCAUCUACAUUAUCAAGAAGAACGAUGAUGGCUGGUUUGAAGGUGUCUGCAACGGCGUCACUGGACUCUUUCCUGGAAACUACGUUGAGUCAAUCAUGCACUAUGCUGACUAACUAAAAAAAGGGAUGACCCCCCCCCCAAAUAAUUGUAGGACUAGGUUUUGACCAGAAGGAAAGGUGUGUAGUCGUGACAACUGCUUCCAUUUUUAACAAAGUGCCAGUAAAGUUGUUUUCUUGGAGGGCUUGUGUCAAUUUGAUCUGCAACAUUGAAAAACAUUGAAUAGAGGGGAGCAGUUGUUUACACUGAAAGAGAGGAGGUAGAGACACUUUCCUGACCACUGUCACAUCUUUAUUUAAAGUUCAGCAGUUUACUUCUAAAGAAACUACAUUCAAACUAAAUUUCAGAAUACAAAAGUAAUUCUUAACAGGGAGUUUGCCAGUUUGGAGCUGGGGGGCUCUGCAACCUGAAAGGACUUCUUUUUUUCUUUUGUGUGGAAGAUUCAGGCUGAAAACUUACAUAAGGCAGAGUAUUAAAAUGUACUUCACUUUGUUUAUUUGCACUGUAGACCGACUCUUCCUCGUGUUCAAGACGCACGUGUCUAAAUUACAUAAAAAUGACUAAAGGAAAAACAUCAAGUGUGAUAAGACAUGACUGGCUGUUCCACACUCUUGAUGUCAAAAAAAAGUUUACGCUUCAGACAAAGGUGAAUUUAUAAAUUUGCUUUCCUUUGGGGCUGCCAUACAAAUAAAACAAGUGUACAGAAUGCUUUACAGAAACGAAAAGAAAGCAAGAAAAGUUCCUGCUUGGGUCUGGUGGUGUUCCUGUGCUCUAACCUGUAUAUAAACUGUAAUGUGACAAACUGCCAGUUCAGUCUAUGUUGGUGUGUUUCCAUUAGCGUCAGUGGAGGUGGUGCCAACGUCCCAUGCAUUUGUUUUUUCAGUUCAUUUCUACUUGAAUGUCAGUUUUCCCAUCAGUCACUUUGCCAUUUUAUCCAGGCAAACGUAUUGUGUAUAACUGGUUAUUUUUUAAUGUAAAGUUACAACUGUAUCAUUUUGAUCCCGGUAACUGGUUUUAAUAAUGCUGUCCAGCUACUGUAGCAGAACUCCGCAGUGCGUUGCUUCAAAGUGGGAAGCAGUAGAAGAACAUUUUGAGUUCAUCUUCAUAUUGUUUCCUGUUGUGUUGUAGCUGCAAUGAUUGUUAUCAACAACUGUGAUGAGUCUGA